AAUUUUUCGAGGAUUCAGUGUGUAGUUAUCGAGAAAUAAGAUUGAGCACGUGUUACAGUUCCAUAGUUGGUGACGUAGUGACAGUAAACGAAAACGUUGAUAGGUGCACCCCAGACAAAAGAGACAAAUUGACCUGCAUGAUAAACAUUUAUAAGGAGUGCAAAGAAUAUCUCAAUGUCACAUCAAACGGGAUAAUAGCGGCAAAUAUAAGGCAACAUAUGGUUGAUGACAUGUGGGAUACAUUCAGUACAGGCUCGGAACUGUGCGACUGCUAUGAAGGGGAAAGUUGUUAUUCAGCUCUGAAUCAGGAGAUUAUAAGCAUAUCUAUUACACCAGACUCGACGAGAGAUAAGUACCAGAAGAUUGUUGCACUCAAUGAACUUCUUUGCAGCAAUACAACCAGGGUACAGUGUACAAAGAAAGGACAGUUACCAACAUGCUUGAAUAUUUUACAAAACUAUAAUGAUUCCCGAGCCAAGAUCGAUGUGUAUACAAAAGCAGUGAAUUCUAUAUGCCAUAUAGUAAAUACAGAAGAAUUUAAGAAUAAUAAACAGUGUAUCAUAGAGAAAGUGGUUGGCUCCUAUCAGCCAUGUGUAGCAGAGGCACAAUUGCCAACAACUGUAACUACGUGCCGAGAUUUUCAAAAACUGUACAAGUGUGUCAGUAGUGCGUUAAAGGAUCAGUGCAAUGGUGAUUAUACAAAAACAGCUUACGAAAUGAUUCGGACUUCUAUGUACAACACCAUUGAAUGUGACGUCAAAAGCGCAGCUUUUGCAGUUUUUCCUCAAUUUGUGUCGAUAUUUAUUUUUAUGUUUAUGAUGUAUUUUUGCGUCCUUUGUAGUGAAACAUAAUCUUUUGUAUCAAGUUUUAAACAAAUAAGAAAAUUCCCAUUUUCUUGCCGCCUGCAUUAAAGAUUUUCCAUUUUUCAAUUGCAUUUAUUUCACUCUGGUUAUUAUGUAUGACCAUAUAUUACUAAAACAACCGAGGCAACAAUGAAAAAGGUUUGAUAAUAAAUAGUUUAACUCGUAUACAAUACCAGAUGAAAACAACAUAGUGACAAAUGUAAUAAUUGAAAUAUGUUUACCGGAAGAGAACAACGUUUUAAGUCUAUCCUAUAAAGUCAUGAAAGUAAUACAUAAAAAUAUAAAUGUGGCACAAUAUACUCACUAUUUCAUCUACAUAAAUUUAGUAAUACUUUCUUUUACACAGCUUUUGUUGUUUUCUGUCAAAAUGACUUUCAUAAUAUUCAUUAAAAUGUUUAAAAUAAUUUGGUCGUGUGUGAUAUUCGACUUUAAGUAAACAUCUUCUCAAACAGAAAUAUUUUCUUUAAGAUAGAAAAUGAGACUCAUACCCAAUACAGGUGUUACAAUGGUAACAUAAUCUAAAAUUAUAGUCCCAACAUCUAGUUUCAACUGGCGUCUUUUGACAUCUU